GGACGGGGCAACCACCAGGCCAGUGGCAGAGCCGAUCUACAGUUUUAGUCAGAAAGAGAUUCAGAGAGAGGACUCCAGAGACUCGGAGUCCUCCAGAGGCCCUGAGACAGAAAUUCGCCAUAACUCCGAAACACAGGGAAACAGACCCAAAGCGGAGCCCCCCCCCCCCCCCGGAAACCCAGGGACAGAGAGACACAGAGCCCUAAGAGAUCAUGAGAAGAGACUCCGACGGAGGGGGGAGACAGAUAGCAAGGGAGACAGCGAUAGACAGACACACCCCUAAGAUACAAGCGUCAAAGACGGAGAUCCAGACAGACCAAGAUACAGAUUACUGACAGAGACCCCCAAGCACUGAGUCUUCAGAGAUAACCGACCCACUGAGAUACUCAGAGAUACACCCCUCGACAGACACCCAAAAUGAAGACAUAGCCAGACGCAGAGAUGUAGAACAUAACAGAAAGAAAGACGUGGAAGUUUGUGACUCCAGCACAGGGGCUGGGCAAGUCAUAAAAAGAGACGAGAGACACACACGGAAACCCGGAGAGACGAGGGAUAGAGGUCCCGGGCGAGAGCGAAACACAGGGAACGGGGACCCGAAAGCGGAUGCGCGCGGAGAAAGCAAGCUCAGCGCGGCGGCGGCUGGGGGGGAGGGCGGGCGCCCCGGCAGAGGGCGCGCGGCCGCCCUCUGCCCCUCCAGGGUCAGGCGCCCCCUCCCCCGCGCCCUGGCCGGACGGCCGGGCUAUUUUUACGCGUGGACACCGGACACCAGCCUGGGGCGGCGGCGGCGGCGGCGGCGGCCGAGGCGGGGCCGGACCGGGUCGGGCGUCGGGGCCACACGUCCGUCCGCGGGUCGCCGGGGCUGCGCGCGCCAUGGAGCCGCGGUGCCCGCCGCCGUGCGGCUGCUGCGAGCGGCUGGUGCUCAACGUGGCCGGGCUGCGCUUCGAGACGCGGGCGCGGACGCUGGGCCGCUUCCCGGACACGCUGCUAGGGGACCCGGCGCGCCGGGGCCGCUUCUACGACUGUGCGCGCCGCGAGUACUUCUUUGACCGGCACCGGCCCAGCUUCGACGCUGUGCUCUACUACUACCAGUCCGGCGGGCGGCUGCGGCGGCCGGCGCACGUGCCGCUCGACGUCUUCCUGGAGGAGGUGGCCUUUUACGGGCUGGGCGCGGCGGCGCUCGCGCGCCUGCGCGAGGACGAGGGCUGCCCCUUGCCGCCCGAGCGCCCCCUGCCCCGCCGCGCCUUCGCGCGCCAGCUCUGGCUGCUCUUCGAGUUCCCCGAGAGUUCGCAGGCCGCGCGCGUGCUCGCCGUCGUCUCCGUGCUCGUCAUCCUCGUCUCCAUCGUCGUCUUCUGCCUCGAGACGCUGCCCGACUUCCGCAACGACCGCGACAACCCGGGGCUCGCUGCGGUGGCGGCUGCCGGCCCGUUCCCUGCUCGGCUGAAUGGCUCCAGCCCAGUGCCUGGAACCCUGUCUCGCAUGCCCUUCGAUGACCCGUUCUUUAUGGUGGAGACGUUGUGCAUCUGUUGGUUCUCCUUUGAGCUACUGGUGCGCCUGGCGACCUGCCCAAGCAAGGCGGCCUUUUUCAAGAACGUGAUGAACCUCAUCGAUUUUGUGGCCAUCCUCCCCUACUUUGUGGCGCUAGGCACCGAGCUAGCCAGGCAACGGGGCGUGGGCCAGCCGGCCAUGUCACUGGCCAUACUACGAGUUAUCCGACUGGUACGCGUCUUCCGAAUCUUCAAGCUGUCCCGGCACUCAAAGGGCCUGCAGAUCUUGGGCCAGACGCUACGGGCCUCCAUGCGUGAGCUGGGUCUCCUCAUCUUCUUCCUCUUCAUCGGUGUGGUUCUCUUCUCCAGCGCGGUCUACUUUGCGGAGGCCGACCGGGAAGAUUCCCAUUUCACCAGCAUCCCUGAGUCCUUUUGGUGGGCGGUGGUCACCAUGACCACAGUCGGCUAUGGAGACAUGGCACCCGUCACCGUGGGUGGCAAGAUAGUAGGCUCUCUCUGCGCCAUCGCUGGUGUGCUGACCAUUUCCCUGCCUGUGCCGGUCAUUGUCUCCAACUUCAGCUACUUUUACCACCGGGAGACAGAGGGCGAAGAGGCGGGCAUGUACAGCCAUGUGGACACGCAGCCCUGUGGCCCACUGGAGGGCAAGGUCAAUGGGGGGUUGGUGGACGGAGAGAUGCCUGAGCUCCCACCUCCACUCUGGGCCCCCCCUGGGAAACACAUGGUCACCGAAGUGUGAGGGACUGUGGAGGUCAGCAGGACCUCACGUUUCCUUGCAGGGAGGGAGGGAGGGGGAGCAGGGAAGGUUAGGGGGAGGGGGUUGGGUAGAGGAAGAAGUAGGUUAAGUGGUAACGAGUUGGGGAACACUGAGUCCUGUUGGGUCUUGAGUUGCGGUUUGGCAGCUCCUAUGGGUACUUCCUUAAGUGACCGUGAAUGGCAAUGAGUUAUACUGAGUUGAUGGAGAGACUCCAUUGGUUUAAAUUGCUUUGGGUUGUGCAAGACUUACGGAGCCUUUUGUGGUAAGUGUUGACAUAGAUUUGAUCCCAUGGUUGUGUUUUUUAGGUCCUCACUGGGUUGGGCUGUGUUGUUGAGUCUAGGUGAAUCUUGUCCAACUGCAUUGUGCAGGAUUCUGUGGUUUUAUGAGUCCCCUGGGGCCAUUUUGGGUCAAGUGAGGUGGUCAUCCACGGCAUCAUUGGGACUGACUGCAUGUUCAUGCAUGGUGUUGUGGAGUUGAGUUGAGACACGUUGGAAGUUGUGUGGCUUUGUGACUCUUGUAGGGCUAUGUCAUUUUAGAUUCUGUGAACUUGUGAGUCAUGUAGAAAUCCAAAGAGUCAAGUGGUCGCAUGUGAGCUUUCCAGGUCACGUUAAGUUAAGUUGGGUUGGAAUGUAUGACUGUGGGAAUCUUUCAGGGUUCUGUUGGGUUGAAUUGUGUAAAGUUACAUAGCUGGAAGUUUAGGGGGCUACACUGAGAUGAACCGUAUUGAAUUGUAUAACCACGUGAGUCUUGUAGGGCCGUGCUGAGUUGAGUUACACCAAGUUGUGUCAUUGUGAGUCCUGUAGGAAUGUUAGGUUGAGUUGGACUGUGUGUAUGGGCUCCACAGGGCCAUGUUGGUUUGUUCUGCAUUUACUGGUAGCACCAGGACCCAAGAAUACGAGCACUUGGUGGGGGGGGGGGAAUCAUGUAUCAGGGAGCAAGUGUGGGGUUAUGGAGUCUGAGAGACAACUGAACUGACAUGCCUGGUGUCACUUACCAUAAGGGGCAGGGCUGGGUUCUGGAUCCAUGGAUUCAGUUGUUCACGCAGAGGGCCUCUGGGGGAGCUAGGGAGAUGCAGAUGCUCCUUCCAUUUACCCUACACCUGCAUCGUUUUGCCAUUCAAACCCUCUCGAUCUGUCCUCUCCUAUAGCUUUGCUUCCAAACACGGAGAUCAGAGCCACAAGGGGAGAGAAAAGGGGACAAACUGUAUGUACUGUGUAUAGACAUGUUAGGGGGACAGAAACACAAAUGAGGGGACAGAGACCUGGGAGGUAAUGGAGACUCAGAGAAAGAAAGAGAUAGAAACCCAGAGAAGAGGGAACAAAGACCCGAAGAGAGAGGAAGAGAGAUUUAGGGAGAAGGAGACAAAGACCCAGAGAGAGGGAACGACAGAGACUCAGAGGAAGGGGGGGGGGCAGAAAAUCCAAAGGGAGAGGGAGACAGAGAUCAAGAGUGGGAGACAGAGAUGGGUGGGGGGGGAGUGUCAGGCACCCAGAGAGGGACAGACAUCAGACUUAGAAACAGACCGGAGUGCCCCCAAGAGAAAGGUAACCAAGAAAGAAAAAGGCAGAAAAAGUCAGCGCCUCUGAACCCAAGAGAUACACACAGUCUGUCUUCCACAGAAUCACAAAGAUCUCAAAUCAGGGCGCACCACCCCAUCCUCCCACAGCUGAGGAAGGCUGUCAGACAAACUGACACUAUUUUCCAGGGGAGAAACCAGAGUCUUAGAUCACGGGGGUGGCUUCCCAAGGUCUCGUGGCACAUCCCCAGGGUCCAGGACUGGGGGCAGGCUGCCUGACCCCACGGCCGCACCAGCCUGCUGGAAGGCACGGGUCCUCCUUGGAUCCUACAGCCUCGUUUCUCACAAAGUAACUGAGGCUCAGAGGGGAAGGUGUUACCCUAGGUCACGAAGCCAAACAUUUUCAGAGGACUUUCGGUACUCAAAGGGCAUUUGGAGGAGGAGGACGCAGGAUGCUUCAAUCGCUAACACAUAUAGGGCUUCCUAUGUGCCAAGCAUCAUUCAAAGUACUUUACUUGUAUUAAUUUAUUAAAACCAGUGGUUUACAGAA